AUGUCUCGAGCACUUCUUAUCACUGGUGCCACAGGCAAGCAGGGAGGUGCCGUGGUCAAGGCUCUCCUGGCUGCCAACGCCGACUUUCAAAUUCUCGCCGUUACUCGAGACGCUGCAUCGCCGUCAGCGCAACGCCUAGCUAGCAAAUCCUCUAGAAUCAAACUCAUUCAGGGAAACCUCGACGACUGCGAUACCAUAUUCAAGGCUGCCAAAGCCGCUAGUAACACACCGAUCUGGGGCGUCUACAGUGUUCAGAUCCCUGCAUUUAAUAGCAAAGGCCCCAUCAUCGAGGAGAGACAAGGGAAGGCGCUUGUUGAUGCCGCUCUGAAGAACGGCGUUAAACAUUUCGUCUACUCCUCAGUCGAUCGCGGCGGCUCCCGGUCGAUCAACAAUGAGACCAAUAUCCCACACUUUGCCAGUAAACACCGCAUCGAACACCACUUGAUCAACAGUGCCAAGAAUAAUACCAUGGACUGGACAAUCCUGCGCCCGGUGGCUUUUAUGGAGAACUUCGAUGGAGGGUUCAUUGGCAAGGUCUUUGCAACGUCCUGGAAGAUGGUCGUCAAUAGACCGCUUCAGCUCAUCGCCACUGACGAUAUCGGCGUGUUCGGUGCUGAGGCUUUUCUAGAGCCAGAUAGGUACAGAGGUCAGGCUAUCAGCCUCGCUGGCGACGAGCUAAAAAUUGAAAAAGACACACCCAGAACUCACUACAUUGUCAACCUGGCUUGA